AUGGUGGAUCCGAGCGAAUCUCACGCGCACGACGCAUCGGUGCGAGCGCGCGCGAGGGGCGGUGCGGGCGCGACGAGCGCGCGCACGCGUUCGACGACGCGCUCGGUGACGGUGCUGGAUGAGGAUGAGUACACGGCGCGAUUGGAGGCGAUCAUUGAGAGGGAUUAUUUUCCAGACUUGCGGUCGAAUCGAUUGAAGGCGGCGCUGCUCGAGGCGACAAACGCGGGCGACGCGCUUCGCGUGGCGGCGAUUCAUCGAGAGAUGGGGGUCGAGCGAAUAAGGAGGGCGAGUUCGAGGGGUGGGGUGAUCGGGACACCGAGCAUAGGGGGAUCGGGGACGACAUCGGCGGUGGGGGCGCUUGGUGACGAGGAGAGUUGGGAGACGGAGACGCCGAGACGGCGAGACGUUUACGAGAGAUAUGGCGAGGACGAGGGAUACGGCAAGGAUGGCGAGGACGGCUUGCAUCUUGGUCCAUCCACAGCGUACGAGGAAGAUCGACAUCUGAGCGUAGACGGUUUCUUGGCUCGGUACACGUCGGAGGACAAUGCGGCGUUUAGCGAAAUCGUCAAGCAGAGCGAAGCCAGACGGGCGCUGAAGAAGCACCAGUUGGAGGAGAUGACGGCUCCAGCUUCACGACGAUUAGCUCUUGGAACCGCCUCGAUGAAGAGCUCCAGGGCCUUGGUAAAACGAUCGGAGACAGGUGAAGUCAUCGAUUCUUCCGACAAGGCGAAGGCCAUUGUUGGGCACGACAAUUAUUUCAUAGCGCCGGAAGGCUUGGCGCUGUCAGUGAAGGAGCGUGGAGGCGCUCUCACGGCGGUGCCGAGGGUGACGAUCGCGAAAAACACGCGCUUUGUCGAUCCGUUGCCCCGAAACGAAUCUUUCGACGACAUGAGUGGCAAAGAGAAAGUCAAACAGUACGACCGCGUGCACACACCAAGCAUGACGCCGGGAGUACAUGCGAGUCCUUUGAUGACUUGGGGUGAGAUCGCGUCCACACCCUUGCGAUUGGACGACACGGAUACGAAUUUGACUGGAGCAGGGGGACGAUUUUCCAUGAAAGGGUCCAGUGCAAAAGAGAAAAAGUUGCGCCAACUCACAUCAAAGAAUUCUGCCGCCUCGACGACUCCGAGGCCCAGAGGGCACACGAGAUCGACAACCCCGAGCGGGCUCUCGGACGCCGCGAAGUCGUUGCUUCGUCGAGUUACUCCUGGACGCCGAGCGACUACCCCGCGAGGGGAUUUCGACGUCGACUUGCGCAAAUCGUACAGCGGGCAAAUUCGUAAAGUUUCCUCGCGUCGCGCGACACCGUCAAAGCGCCCCGCAGACGGUGGCGAUCUGCUUCGAUUAGACUAG